CUGCUUGAAGUGAACAAGCAAUGGGACCAGCAUUUCCGGUCCAUGAAGCAGCAGUAUGAGCAGAAGAUCACUGAGCUUCGCCAGAAGCUGACCGAUCUGCAGAAGCAGGUGACUGACCUGGAGGGUGAGCGUGAGCAGAAGCAGCGCGACUUUGACCGCAAGCUCCUCCUGGCCAAGUCCAAGAUUGAAACAGAGGAGGCUGACAAGGAGAAGCUGACAGCCGAGGCCAAGGAGCUGCGCCAAAAGGUCAAGUACCUGCAGGACCAGCUAAGCCCACUCACUCGGCAACGGGAAUACCAGGAAAAGGAGAUCCAGCGGCUCAACAAGGCCCUGGAGGAAGCACUGAGUCUGCAGACCUCUCCAUCGUCUCCACCAGCAGCAUUUGGGAGCCCAGAAGGAGCGGGGGGCCUCCUAAGGAAGCAGGAGCUGGUCACCCAGAACGAAUUACUGAAACAGCAGGUGAGGAUCUUUGAGGAGGACUUCCAGAGGGAGCGCAGCGAUCGAGAGCACAUGAAUGAGGAGAAGGAAAAGCUGAAGAAGCAGGUGGAGAAACUGCAGGCCCAGGUCACCCUAUCGAAUGCCCAGAUAAAAGCAUUCAAAGAUGAGGAGAAGGCCAAAGAAGCCCUCAAACAGCAGAAGAGAAAAGCAAAGUCCUCGGGAGAGCGCUACCACGUGGAGCCCCACCCGGAGCACCUCUGCGGGGCCUACCCCUAUGCCUACCCACCCAUGCCAGCCAUGGUGCCACACCAUGGCUACGAAGACUGGUCCCAGAUCUGUUACCCUCCGCCCCCUAUGGCCAUGGAGCACCCACCCCCACUCCCCAACUCGCGCUUCUUCCAUCUGCCAGAGUACGCAUGGCGUUCGCCUCGUGGGGGAAUGCGGAAUCAGAGCUCCCAAGUGAUGGACACGCCUGCAGCCAGGCCCCCGGAUCCAGGUGAGCUUGCUCCCCUGAGUACUGGAUUGUCCCCCAACCCCACCCCAGGAGUGAGAACUUCUUAUCUGUCAGGGUUGCCUCAGUUUGGGAGUGAUGUUGCUACUUUCUGAUCUUGAUGGAGAGAAGACUUAGCUUUCUGAAAUCCUGUUAAAAGGAGAGUGGUGGUGACUGGGGAGUGAGGGGAUUCGAACCAUCCAUUCAUUUGUUCAUCAUAGUUUAUCAUCUGAAUGCCAGGCCCUGUGCUAGGGAUACCAAAAGAGAGUAGAAAGAAAUACGGUCCCUACGCUGUGGAGCUGACUUUGUAGUGAGGGGGACACAGGUGAAUUUAAAAAUUGCACAGAGAAGCAUGUGAUUACACUCUGAGCAAGUGCCCUGAGGGAAGAAGAGCAGGUUUGUAUGAGAGCAGAUAAGAAAGGGACCUGACCUAGACUGGGGCUAGGAAAGCUUCCAGGAGGCAGUGAUGCUUGAGCUGAGAUCCUCAGAACCAGCGGCAUUA